GCUGUCCGCUAACAGCAUGCACAUUAUGAAUUAAUGUGACAUUAUUUAUAGGUUAGACUUAGCAGUAGCUUUAAAGCGCUCUGUGCGACAAAGGUACUUGCCAGUGCACGUUCUGUCCCCGCAAACCAAAUUCGCUUCAAAAACUGACCAUUUAAUGUGUCCGUCUUUCACUACUUUUGUGAUUUCAGUUUGAGCUUCAACCCGGCACAAUGGGAAUACACGGACUUACUAAACUGAUUGCUGACCAGGCCCCUGGUGCCAUCAAAGAGCAAGACAUCAAGAACUACUUUGGCAGGAAAAUUGCUAUAGACGCCUCCAUGUGUAUCUACCAGUUCCUGAUUGCUGUGCGACAGGACGGGAAUCUUCUGCAGAAUGAGGAUGGCGAGACGACGAGCCACCUGAUGGGAAUGUUCUACCGGACAAUCCGCAUGCUGGAACACGGCAUCAAACCUGUGUAUGUGUUUGACGGCAAGCCCCCACAGCUCAAGUCAGCAGAGUUGGAGAAGAGAGGGGAGAGGAGGGCAGUAGCUGAGAAGCAGCUUGCGCAAGCCCAGGAAAUGGGGGAACAAGAGAAUAUUGAAAAAUUCACCAGGCGUCUGGUAAAAGUGACCAAGCACCAUAAUGAUGAGUGCAAGAAGCUGCUGACUCUGAUGGGAGUGCCCUACGUUGAGGCUCCGUGUGAGGCCGAGGCCAGCUGUGCUGCUCUGGUUAAAGCAGGAAAGGUCUUUGGCACAGCAACAGAGGAUAUGGAUGGGCUGACCUUUGGGACAAAUAUCCUGCUCAGACACCUCACCGCCAGUGAAGCAAAGAAACUUCCUAUCCAAGAGUUCCACUUCAGUCGCAUCCUGCAGGACAUCGGCCUGACCAAUGAGCAGUUCAUCGACCUGUGUAUUCUUCUGGGCUGUGACUACUGCGGCACCAUCAAGGGAAUUGGUCCCAAGAGGGCCAUCGACCUGAUCAGACAGCACGGCAGCAUUGAGGAAAUCCUAGAAAACAUCGACACCAAGAAGCACCCGGCUCCAGAGGACUGGCUGUACAAAGAGGCCAGGGGUUUGUUUUUGAAUGCAGAAGUAGUGGACUGUUCCACUGUGGAGUUGAAGUGGGGUGAGCCGGAUGAGGAAGCACUGAUCCAGUUCAUGUGCAACGAGAAACAGUUCAGUGAGGACAGGAUCCGUAACGGCUGCAAGAAGAUUGCAAAGAGCCGACAGGGCAGCACACAGGGACGACUGGACUCUUUCUUCACCGUCACUGGAUCUCUGUCCUCCAAACGGAAGGAACCUGAGCUUAAAGGAUCAGCAAAAAAGAAGCAGAAGACCGGAGCCACGCCUGGCAAAUUUAGGAAGGGGAAAUAGAGUGAACAUAAGGCUUUUGAUUAAUUUGAGAAGUAAUUAUUAUAAUAAACACCACCUAUUAAAUAUAAAGUAUAAACGCCAACACAGCUCGAGGUGAUGCAGGAGGAAUCUGCAACACAAUCAAAUGUUCAGCUGAACCACGCUGUAUGUACAUGACCAAAUAUGAUGAGUUGAUGUAAAAAAAUAAUAAAAAUGUUUUAAUGAGUGUUUGAUGGUUUUAUCAAAGUGUGUUUUCUGUUAUUAAAUAAAAGCAUUUUUAUAGAGCAA